UUUUACGACUCUUGCCAGGUACUUGAUCGUUCACCAUGGCACCUACAGGCCUAGCCAUUCUGAUCGGAGCCGGUCCAGCUACUGGAGCAGGUAUUGCUCGAGUUCUUUCGUCGCCUAGUCAAGGCAAUCUUGCGGUCGCCCUUCUCGCCAGAAGACCAGAGGUAUUGAACGACCUGAUCACGUCUCUCAAAUCACAGAAUAAGGAUGCUGUGCUUGAAGCAUUCCCUACGGACACCAAGCCCCAGAAUUUGAGGAAGGCUUUUGCCGAGAUUCAGAAUCACAGCUCUUUCAAGGACCUCAAGCUCAAGGUCGCAAUCUUCUCAAUCAAGAACAGCUCCAAAAAACCGUUCUUGACGGAAACGUUCGAGGAGUUCAUGGAGCCGUUGGAGACGUAUGUCGGUGGCGCUAUGGUCUUCGCGCAGGAGUCGAUUAAACGAUUUUUCGCGGACCAUGGUGAGAGAUUGCUGGCCGAUGGUGGGGAGAAGAAAGGUACUCUAAUCUUCACAGGUACUAUGGGGGCGCUCAGAUGUAACGCAGAGUUCGGUAGCUAUGGCGCAUCUCGAGGAAGUGUCAGGCAGUUGGCGCAAGCUCUUGCCAAAGAAAUGAGCCCAAAGGGUGUUCAUGUCGCCCAUGCCAUUGCCAACGGUAGAAUUGUCGAUGCCCCAGAAUCUGAAGAAUGCCAAACCGGGAAGAGCAUAGCCGCGGAUGCCGUUGGUGAAACAUACCUGUUCCUUCAUAACCAGCACCCAACUCUCUGGACUCAUGAACUGGACUUGCGACCGGCACAGGAGAGAUUUUAAGACUCGAGCGAACUUCUUUCGGCUAGUUAGCCACAAAAUCUCUGGCGCAAAGCGUAGCGUAGCACGCUUUCAGGGACCCGUUUGAACGCGUGGGAGUCCGCGAACGAAGACUAGAUUAGGUCCAUUUGCGUAGCUUCUUCAGUGCACGGGAACGACCCAUACCU